AUGGCUCCCAUCCCGGAGGCCUAUUUCCCGUCCCUGGACAAGUGCUUCUCCGGGGACGCUCAGCUCUUGUCCUGGAAGAAUGCAUUUCUCUAUACAAACGACGCCGAACGCCAGACCGGUGAUGUAGACAAUGUCGCCGCCUUCCUUUCGCACCCCGACAGUACUCAACAAUUAUCCCAGAGUCUGAGCCCUUUCUCCCGCCCUUCUGCGAAAUCUAAGUCCGAAUUCGAAUCCAAGACCGCCGCAAUCCAUGCCGAGACGAAUUCGAAGAGCUCAUUCGAUCUGAAGGAGAUCAAGGCUGAUGCGCAAUGGCUCAGUCAGACCGCCAAUAUCGACGAGAUUACCGCUCUACGCAUCGCCAUCCUCGAAUGGCAGGAUCGCCCGGCCGCACGUCUCACAACAAAGUUUUCCAAUGAGGAGGCUACGAGUCUGCAAAGCGCGGCGGGUGUCGACAACCUUCGUGUUUCGGUAGCUGGCCCGAACCUAGGCAGUAUCUUGAGGCAGACUGGCGGUGAUGACAAUACGUCUUCCUUUGACACGGAAAGAAACCGACGCUUGCGACUACGCAAUAUUUACAUCUCCGAACGCGGCCAUACCCUCAAGACCCUCCGCAAGCUGAUGGUUCUAUCCUUUCACGAUCGUGCAAGCGACUCGCACAACUCUGACAAGGCUGGCGCCGCGCGCAAACUUGCAUUGUCCAAGCUAGGCGUGUCUCUGUUCAAAGAGAAAGCAUCCGGUGAUGGAUUGAAGCAAUUUUUGGAAGAGUGUAUCGCCGGCAUUCGAAGGCGCCUAAAGGACGCAGCCGCAGAUGGCGGUUGGCUGGGCGCCUCUGAGAGUAACCAAGACACAGAAGCCGCCUGGAAGACUACCCUAGUGGAGGAAAUUGUACAUAUCCUCCAACUGAUGUUUCAUUCUCUUCAACCAUCAACGGAAGUGCCUUCUGGAAUCCUUGUGGAGUCCUGGCUGGAGCUCAUGGCGGAGUAUGACUUUUUGGAAUAUUUGCAAGUACCUUGCGAACAGCCCAAGGAGCUGCUAUUACCACUCCAAUCUUUUGUUUCGCUGACUACCCUUGCCUUCUUGAAAGUUUCCCUUGUGAUCGGAUCCAUGGGGGACCCGAACACGCCCCCAGUCAUCUCCUGUGGAAAGGAGGCAUAUUUCCUCUCCAAGGAAAGGAUACCUAGAAUAACAGAGAUCUUACUCAACGCCUGCACGACGACGACGAUGGUCACUGCCAACCCAGCUGCAUUCUCCUGGGGCUUGAUACUUUACACUUUGCAAAACCUAGCUUCCAAAGAGCAACAAGAUCGAGAGAUGAAACAACUAAAUAGUGCCGUGGAAUCUUUCCAGGCGCGUACCGCAGGGCCGUCUGGGGGAUCUGAGCCGUCUCUUUAUGAAGAUUUGAUUGACUGUGCUCGACCACCGCAUAUGAAUGAGGAGCAGGACCCUCUGCUAUAUCUGACUUCUGAUCAGGUCAGAGAUUUGGCCUUCAGCACAAUCAUCACACUCUCUGCCAAAGCGGGGUCUAUGUCAGCAAUCGACGAUGGUUUAACAUAUCGUUGGACGCGUCUGGCUCUGCUUGAUCUUGUUCGGGAGACAAUCAGAUACACUGACUAUUCACCGGAGAUUGUGGAGGCUCUGUUAGCGAUUCUCAGUGGGACUCCAAACUCUUCGCCCUGUCCCUCGGAAGAUUCGCUUAGCCCUGCCAGUGAACCAAAGUCGGUCUUUGUCAAAACUCCAAUACUUAUGGAUGAGAUAUUCCGCGUCUCACGUUCCAGAUUUCCGUACGAAACAGUCCCAUUCCUGAAGCUCUGUCGUGCGCUCGUGAGUCCGCACUUGAUCAAUGAGGACGGCCUACCCGAGAUUGUCGAAGAACUCGAGAGCAUCAGUACCUUCACACAGGCAGUCACGUCAGACUUCCAGGGGUACGAGACGAUUCGAGAAGAUGAGAAUGCCAACUUCGUGUCCCUGACACAAGCCCUUCCAAUGUUCGAGUCUCUUCCUCACAGCCGGCUCCUCGGUAAUGAGCCGGAUAAUGCUCUUGUGGUACACGGGUCAUCGGAGAUUCCAGCCACGGCUGUUGGACAAGUCAUUUCUGAAUCGAGACCGGCCGUCAUUAUGUGGCAACAUGAAUAUUCGUGUCUGAGCUACUUGGGAAGCUGGCUAGAAGAGUGGAGUGAGAGUGGCGGUGACACUUCUAGCUGGGAUCCCGAGUGCGGCACCGAGAUAAUCGGUCUCCUAGCUGACCUUGUGGCUAGCUCUCAAGAUGUCCACACUCAUGACUCCCCGGGUACUAGCGCGAAGAGAAUUUUGGAAAUGGCCAGUGAUGGGCUGUCGCGCCAAGGCGAUAUCAUCUCGGUGGUGCUGGAUAUUUUUGAGCGCAACCUACAGAAUGUUGGCUCACGGGGUGGUGCUGUGGAGGCAUUGGAUCUACUGAUGGUCUGCAUGCAAUUCAUCCAAGAGGUCCUCCAUGUCCUUCCCAACAGAAUCUGGCCAUUUUUGAGUCGCAGCAGCUUCAUCGGGUCAGACGGCAAAGGCGGAGUAUUAGCUGCGAUCAUUUCGGCAGUGGAGAUUCCUGCUGGGGAGUAUCCAUUCCUUCUCAGCGCCCUUCGCUUGUUCGAGGCCGCUGUCGACGAUGCUGUGUCACGCGCAGUACUUCGCAAAUGCCCUGGUAGUGUCUCGGGCAAAUCGACAAUCGCAUCGGACUGGAGUGCGGGCAUCCCCUCCCAUGUCAUGAGAACCAUUUUGCUGAAUUUUACUCGUACAAUGGUUGAGAUUUUCAACAGCAACGGUAACUGGAGGUUCAACUUCCCUGAGCAACAAUUCGGAAUCAGUGCUGGUCUUGCCAAGGUUUUCGAUCGCAUCCUUUACUACGUCUACGGAAUCAAUGAUUCUACGAAACUUGAAUCAAAAAUUACUGGCGUGUUUUCUGAUUCUGCAGCCUACAUUCUGGAUAUGCUACGGCCUCGUUCAGCCACCGACCUACCUUUUAACGCCAUCCUCCGGCUGAUCACCGAUGGUCUCCAAACUCCACCUACCCUUCACCUCCGCUACCUUGACCUAGUUGUUGACCAGGUCAGCUCCACUCUCAGGCUGAGUGAUAAGCUUGUCCAGUCGGCACGACUCGCUGAGAAGCCCGCCUCACUUCUAGAGGAGCAAUUGUUCAAAGCUACCCCGGUUUUGACCAAACUUUACGCUCUUAAUGAUGCCUACAAACUACCCGUCGUAUCGUUAUUGGACACCUUGGUCACAAGUGCUUCUUCAAACUCCGACAAGGAACCUCCAUCUCUUGUUGGUCAUCUUGGGGCAGAGUCAGCUUGCCUUUUCCUUGACGUGCUCGCCCAGCUCGAUAAGUCACUUAACAACAAGCCUCUACUUCUCGCGAUCUGGCACCUUCUGUCGACCUUUGUGAGCAAACGUCAACAAUGGUUGGCCGUUUUCAUUCUCACUGGCGCAUCUCCUCGUCAAACUUUGAAGAAGACAGAUACCGGUGGCCCGAAGAUGAGGGGCGCGCCAUUCUUACAAAUUGCUCUUGAUAAACUUGCCCAUCUCGAGAAGGAGGAUCCUCAAGUGGCUUUAUCCCUACUUCAGUUUGUUUCUCGAGCCCAGGAAAACUGGCCAUGGGCUUCGCCUCACCUACAAAAACACACUCAAUUCUUCAACGGCAUAUUGCAUUAUGUUUCGAAGCUGAACAUUUCCACUCUCCCUGUAUCCGAGCAAAUCUUCGCGACACGCAUUGCGGCCGUUGUUACAGACAUCUGCGCUGUUUACCUCUUCCCAUACAAGGAGCUGAUCAGGGGAGCACCAUCAGAUAAAGCAACUCUCGAACGAGGUCGAAAAUUCUUCGCUGACAUUAUUCCCUUGGUGCAAUGGCUAUCUAAGGAUGCCGUGGAUGUCUCAGCUUACAAUGCUUCUUUGCACGCCAACUUGAAGAAAAACUUCGAGAGGCGCUACUCUGGUUGCAAGAUGACAGACUUCAAGAGAUCAGCACUUGAGUCCCGCACUCUGGGACGUGAUUACUACUACAACCUGGGUAUGGGACAACAGUUAUUGUCGUAUGACUUUGCCUGGGCGGGAAACCGCAAACAAGGCUUCUCCGAGGAGUUUGAGAGAGCCAACAUCAAUCUGUCACUUGUUGAAGCACAGGUGACUCUUCUAAACAGCUGGAAAUUCUUCGCCGUUGAACAUUGCCAGGACUUUAUGAGAGCUGGCCAAAUGGUGCCGGUCUUGAUGGCAGAGGUAGCACAGAAAUGCCUUGAAGCCAAUAGUCGAGCUGUCCCGCCAGAGGCCAUCUUCGCACGUAUUCAGCAAGUUCGAGUUGAUUUUGCCCAGGCACUGACUCAGUGUCUCGUUGAGGAGGGAGCUAGAGGUGCUGAGGUGUUUCACUUGCUCGAGGUGGUUUGGAAAGCACUGCGCUCUCGUCACCCAACCUACGAGGCAGCUCUCGUUGGUGAUGACACAGAAUACUACCGCUCCCUUCUCAAUGUGCUAUUCUUAGCCCUCCAAUUCCAUGUGGAUGUGCCUCGACUGCAAAAUCAGCCAGAGGUCCUCACGAAGGCGGCCAAGGUCUCAUCCAAUAUUCCAGUCAUUGUGGAAGUUGUCAAGACUGUUGUCGCACAAGGCUUCCGAUCAUUGACUUCAUAUUUGCACGACGAGCCGGAUAAGUGCACGCCCAAGGAUUUUGCGGUCAUCAUUGCCAUUCUCCAGACUUGUCUGCAGGUCAAGGACGCCGAUCGACUCUUUGAGUAUAUCACAUUCCACGUCCAGGACAACGAUACCGUCCGACACGCGACGACACUCUUCUCCUGGGCAGAUCAGCUCGCAAUCGCCGGUGACCCUGUCUACGGCGAGGUCAGUCUUUCGUUCCUUGUUAAGCUCUCCACUCUCCCCAUGUUAGCGGAACACCUCGCCGUGGAGGGAGUCCUAGGCAAACUGUCGACAUGCCGCCUCACCAACAUCCUUCAACAACCCAAGGGAUUCGGACCCUUCGACACUGUCUCCCGGCUGUACACCAUCUGGACCGGCGGUUUCCUCCCGCUGUGUCUAAACCUCCUUUUCAACGUCGUCCGCGCCGCCCCCGAAGUAUCCGCCUUCCUCAACCAAUUCGAAGGCCAGCUCAACCGUGCCGCAGAAGCCUUUUCCCACGGCCACUCCACCCCGCAAUCGCAAUGGAUUAGUCUGGGCAUGGCAUCAGAGGCAUAUUCACUAGCCCUGAUCUCCGUCGCUCUGGACCGCUUCCGUGAAGCCGGACCCAGCGCUGGUUUAGACCCGCAGUCCAUCCAGGAACUCAAGUGGGAUCGAUCACACGUCAAGGAUGAUAUUGAAGAACUGCUCAGUCGCCGCCCGUACCUGCGCGGUCGUAUCGUCGCCACUACUGAUAAGGAGGCCGAGAUGUCGCGGCAGCCGCCGCUGGACAAGAAGCGUGAUGCUGAGAACCGGUUGGAAGAAAAGAUCGUGAUUGAGUUGGAGGAUGUGCUGGCCUGUUUGAAUGGCGGCGAGGAAUGA